AUGUCCAGCUCCCUGCUAGCUGGAGGUCAUGUGGUCAGCUUGACUCCCCACGAGGAAUCCAGGAUGGCCCUGCACCCAACCCCCAGCCCUGGCCUCCCGGCACUGCGUCCUUACUACACCACAGAGAGCUGGGGUUCCCAGCCUCUGGCGGCGCCCACAUGCUGCAAAGGAGGCACCGGCAGGCUCCAGCAGGUCCAGCCAGCAGAAGCCAAAGCUCACUGCCUCCUGCAAGGCCCCGGGGAGAAGGCCUCAGGGGCCUCACAGGACCUGGACUCCUGCCUUGAUUUCUCACUGGAGACCCUCAACCAGAUGAUCCUAGAACUAGACCCCACCUUCCAGUUGCUUCCCUCUGGGACUGCUGGUGCCCAGGCUGAGCCUACCAACAGCAUCACCUCAAGGAAUAAGAAGGAGGAACCUGAAGCCCUAGAUAUAAAGUACAUCGAAGUGACCUCCGCCAGAUCAAGAUGCCUCGACGGCCCCCAACACUGCUCCAGCCCAUGUGUCACCCCACCCUUCGGCUCCCCACGCAGUGGUGGCCUCCUUCUCUCCAGAGACAUCCCCCGAGAGACUCGGAGCAGCAACGAGAGCCUCAUCUUCUCUGGGAACCAGGGCAGGGGUCCCUCUCCCCACAUCCCACUUUCCCUUAGCAACUCCAUCCCUUACCAGGAAAGCAGGGCCUCAGGCUCCCCACUGGCAACUCCUCCAGCUUGGGAGAAAGGGCCAAGGGCCCCACAGCGGGGCAGCAGGGUCUCUAUGCUGUCGGUCAGCCCCGUGUCAGAUGUCAGCUAUGUUUUUGGAAGCAAUCAAUCCCUCCUCCACUCAAGUCUCUCCAGCUAUCAGUCAUCUUCUAGAUCCUUGGGAAGUCCAGCCAGCUCCUCUUCCAGCCUCCACAGCCUGGACCGAGGGUCCCAGUGUGUGAGACCCAGUGAUGCCCAGGUUCCCAGCAACCCCAUAGUGGGCCCGGGCCAGCCCCAAGCAGUCCAGUCUCCUCCGGUGGCCAAGGAGCAGGCCAGUAGCUGCCCACCAUCUGUCACCAACUCCAUGGUGGACCUACCCAUAGUGCUCAUCAAUGGAUGCCCAGAACCACAGUCUUCCCCAGCCCAGCGGAUACCAGGACAUCAGGGCUCUGUCCAGCCCAGGGCUGUAUCUCCCAGUCCCCCACAUCAGGUCACCAAGAGCCACAGCCAGACUCUGCCAGAUGUUCCUCUCCCUGCAUCUCCAGAGGGUCCUGCCAAGGAGGUGCAGCCCACCAUGAAAUUUGUGAUGGAUACAUCAAAAUACUGGUUUAAGCCAAGCAUCACCCGAGAGCAAGCAAUUGAUCUGCUGAGGAAGGAGAAGCCGGGGGCUUUCGUCAUCAGGGACAGUUCCUCCUACCGAGGCUCUUUCGGUCUUGCCCUGAAGGUAGAGGAGAUGCCGGCAUCUGCCUCAAGCCGACCAGGUGAGGACAGCAAUGACCUUAUCCGUCACUUCCUGGUCGAGUCUUCAGCCAAAGGGGUGCAUCUGAAAGGAGCGGAUGAGGAACCCUACUUUGGAAGCCUCUCCGCCUUCGUGUGCCAACACUCCAUCAUGGCCCUGGCCCUGCCCUGCAAACUCGUCAUCCCACAGAAAGAACUGGGAGGCGCAGAACCUUCGGCGGACUCUCCCACACACAGCCAGACCUCUUGCCUGAAGAUAUCGGCUGGUUGCCACACGCUGUACCUGAGCUCUGUGAGCGUGGAGACCCUGAGUGGAGGCCUGGCUGUGCAGAAGGCCAUCUCCGUCACCUUGGAGAGGGAGGUCCUCCCCACACCUACUGUCGUCCACUUCAAAGUCACGGAACAGGGCAUCACUCUGACAGACAUCCAAAGGAAGGUGUUUUUCCGACGACACUAUCCACUCGCCACCCUCCGCUUCUGUGGAAUGGACCCUGAGCAGCGGAAGUGGCAAAAGUACUGCAAGCCUUCAAGGAUCUUUGGGUUUGUGGCCAAGAGCCAGACAGAGACACAAGAGAACGUGUGCCACCUCUUUGCGGAGUAUGACGCGGUCCAGCCGGCUUCCCAGGUCAUCAGCCUAGUGACUGCUCUGCUCCAGGACACAGAAAGGAUGUAG